AUGGAGGCGGCUCUAGUUGACUUUGAGGGUCUGGACAACAUAGACAGAAGUCUGGAAGAUGAGCUGGGUAACCCAGACAAUCCGGACGAGACCACAACCCUGACGGUCGACAUGCUCCACAAAAACUGCUCCAUCCACGGCUCCCACCACCUCCUUUCCCCUCAGCCCAACCUCACAUCCACUCCCCAGCACCACUACCCCUCCGAACACUCCUCCCACAGGAGGAAUACCUCCCCCUGCCCGUACCCCUCCCCCAAUACUCUGGAUGUGCCCCAAUCACCCGUCAUGCCACCCCACAGCAGGAGGGGGCGUCCUAGCUGUGCCAGCAUGAUCUCCAACUGGAAGUUGCUGCUGAGUAGCGAGACCCAUAUGCAGAGCGAGACCAUCUUCAGCCGGCUGGCUAAGGAGUGCUGCGAGGAUGUGUUCGUGGACAAGACAGGUCUAGACGACGGAGACCAGAAGGUCAUCAUCAACAUCGCCGGGCUACGCUUCGAGACGCAGCUCAAAACCCUCGACCAGUUCCCCGAGACCCUUCUGGGGGACCCUAUGAAGAGGAUGGACUACUUUGACCCCAUGAGGAAUGAGUAUUUCUUCGACAGGAACCGGCCCAGCUUCGAUGGCAUCCUGUACUACUACCAGUCAGGAGGGAAGAUCCGUCGACCGGCCAACGUUCCACUGGAUGUGUUUGCUGAUGAGAUCGUCUUCUAUGAGCUGGGGAGCGACGCCACGGAGCAGUUCAGAGAGGACGAGGGCUUCAUCAAGGAAGUGGAGAUCCCUCUCCCGACCAACGAGAUAUACCGGCAGUUUUGGCUGCUGUUCGAGUACCCUGAGAGUUCCAACGCGGCACGCGGCGUGGCACUGGUCUCUGUGUUUGUCAUCGUUAUCUCCAUCAUCAUCUUCUGUAUGGAGACGCUGCCGGAGUUCAGGGAUAACACCCUGGACCCCGUCCUACCCACCACUGUCACGCAUCUGAUGCCUUUCAAAGGGAACCUAUCGUUGGGCGGCUUCGGGUCCUUGUUCCCGCCCUCGCCCUCGGCCACACCCAAAACCAUCACCUCCACGUUCUCCGACCCGUUCUUCAUCAUCGAGACGGCCUGCAUCGUCUGGUUCUUCUUUGAGCUGGUUGUGCGCUUCGUGGUCUGUCCCUCCAAGAGCAACUUCUUCCACAACCUCAUGAACAUCAUCGACAUUGUCUCCAUCAUUCCGUACUUCGUCACCUUGGUAACAGAGCUGGUCACCACCCCGGACCAGAACUCCAGCCAGAACAUGUCCCUGGCCAUCCUUCGUAUCAUCCGCCUGGUCAGGGUAUUCAGGAUCUUCAAGCUGUCCAGACACUCCAAGGGGCUCCAAAUCCUGGGCCAGACCCUGAAGGCCAGCAUGCGGGAGCUGGGCCUGCUCAUCUUCUUCCUCUUCAUCGGAGUCAUCCUCUUCUCCAGUGCCAUCUACUUUGCUGAAGUGGACGAGCCCAGCACACAGUUCGUCAGCAUCCCUGAUGGCUUCUGGUGGGCCGUGGUCACCAUGACUACGGUGGGCUAUGGGGACAUGUGCCCGAUCACCAUGGGCGGUAAGAUGGUGGGGACGCUGUGCGCGAUCGCUGGCGUGCUGACCAUCGCCCUACCCGUCCCCGUCAUCGUGUCCAACUUCAACUACUUCUACCACCGGGAGACGGAGGCAGAGGACAAGCAGCCGAUGGCUGACGCAGCAGAGCUGGCCAUGAAGGCCUCAGGAGACAGUAAACAUGGGAGUAGCACCUCUCUGAACAAGACCAACGGGACCUGGCAGGGUGACAAGUUCACUGGCCUCUGA